GCAGCCAAACAGCUGAACGUGCAAUAGCUAUCGAUACUAUCGCUCAUCUCUCUUGUAUAAUGCCGCACGAUGGUUCAGCUGUUUAAAUUCCUAUUAAAAUCAACCAAAUCGCCCACUCGUGCCCAUUUCCGUCCCAGCUUUCUGGACACACUGCGACUCGCAGUUCGCGGCGGACACGGCGGCAAUGGUUUGCCGAAAUACGGCGGCGUGGGCGGUCAGGGCGGCUGUGUUUACUUUGUGGCCAAGGAGGGAUUGACAUUACGCAAAUUGGCACAGGGACUGAAAGAGAGGCGCGUGGCGGCCACCAGCGGCGAGGACAGCAGCAAAGUGAGCAUUUUUGGGAAACGCGGCGUGGACACGCGCAUCGAGGUGCCGGUUGGAGUGCAGGUGUACGAUGAGCAGCAGAAGCUGCUGGCGGACUUGAACGAGAACGAUGCCACCUGCAUAGUGGCGGGCGGUGGAAUCGGUGGCUGCACGGGAAACAAUUUCCUGGGCCGUCCGGGAGAGAAUCGUAUUGUGAAUCUGGAUCUGAAGCUCAUCGCAGACGUGGGUCUGGUUGGAUUUCCCAAUGCCGGCAAGAGUACCCUGCUCAAGGCAGUGUCCAAUGCCAAGCCAAAGAUUGCCGCCUAUCCCUUUACCACCAUUCGGCCGCAGAUUGGCACCAUAGAGUACGGCGACCUGCGCUCCAUCAGCUUGGCCGACCUGCCCGGUCUCAUCGAGGGCGCUCAUGCCAACUUUGGCAUGGGCCACAAGUUCCUCAAGCACAUCGAACGCACUCGCCUGCUCCUCUUCAUGGUCGACAUAUUCGGCUUUCAGCUCAGCCCCCGGCAUCCGCAUCGUGACUGCCUGGCCAACAUAUAUUCGCUCAACAAAGAGCUGGAGCUAUACGAUCCCUCCUUGCUGGAGAAGCCCUGUGUCCUGCUGCUCAACAAAAUGGACAAGGAGGGCGCCCACGAGAUUCUGACCAAAGUGAGACCCGUCAUUGAUGAUUUGUCCAGCGGCUUGGCCGACUGUCCGGAGGAGGUGCGUCCCAAGCGGGUGCUGAAAUUCGAGAGUAUUGUCCCCAUAUCGGCCAUUAAUUCGACAAGGGUAACGCAGGUCAAGUCGCAGCUGCGCCGUACGCUGGUGCGUCUGGCGGAGAAACAGUUUGUGACCGAUGGCGAGCAGAUCAAAGAGCAGCUGCAGCAACGCGUGGGCCUGGUGGGGCCAAAGAUCACUUAAAAAUAUAUAUAAAUCAAAUUCAAAAUGCACCGCGAUUCUUCUUAUUAAAAGCUGGCCGAUAGCCAUAUUCCAGCCAGUAAAUCGAUAUACACAUAAGCUCUACUGCUAUCGAUAACAGUUCGCGGACAACACUGACGGUGGGGGCGCACCACAAAGUUUGUUGUUGUGUCUCGGUGCCGUCUCGUUCGUCGCGCGUUAAAACGGAAAACGGAAAAUAUGCUUAAAAUUCGAUGCCCGCUUAAAAUAAAUGAAAAUUGCAAGUGCCAUAGCGCCACUAAGAUGCAGAUGUGCAAUGUGCCACACAAUUGAGUGCACAUGAAGAACGGCAAGCGGCCAAUAACAAUAAUGACAUUUCGAUACAUACACACAGACGAAGAUUGAGGAAGAAAAAGAAGAAAAAAAAGGAAAAAAAAACUGGUGUAUAAAAAACGCCAAUGAGAAAAGACAGAGCGUGCAAUAAAGAGAGGAUAAGCGCGCGCCCCUAAAGCACGGGGGGCCCGAUUCCUAUCCUGUCCCUCUGCUGGAGAACAGAUUUGCAUUGCCACAAAAAGAAGAAUUUAAUUACCCGUCCGUAAUGUCACAGCAUAAUCCGCACGCCCAUCCGCACUACCAUCACCACCCACUGCACCAGUCGAACAA